AUGUCUGCAGAUAUCAAUAUUGUUUCAAAAACUGAUGACUCGGAAUUGGAUGUAGUUGAUACUGCCGAUAGUCCUAGGCCAUAUUUACAUUCUUCUACUCAUAUAGCUUCAUUUUUAAAUCAAUCAGAUACCGAAGAAGACUCGAUUCGAAGACGUCUUCAUGACGACUCAGGUUCUGAAAAUAGUUGUUCCGAAUCACCAGGUAAUACUGCGUUUCGCCCUCGACAAUCGACGUCACCAAAAGAUUCCGCAGGACCAUUAAACCCAUCAGAAGAAUAUCCCUCUCCUAAUGGCAGCAUCCUGCCAGAACCAGAACCUGACACAUCCGAUCCCACACGGUCACCAUCUGUCUCCCACCUCACACGCAUUCACAACCACCUAAAAGCAGGACACAGUUUUGCGCCAUACACAUUACCUCAACCACUGGAGUAA